AUGCCUGGUGCCUGUGCCAUUUGUGACGCCAUGCCUCAUGGUCAUAAGUGUGCGGUCUGCAAGGCUGAGGAAGAAGGGAACCAGCCUUUCUCUCUAGGACGCCAGGGCAAUGACAGAGCCACCAGCCGAGAAAAUGAAGGACCAGACCGUCGGGAGGGUGCAGAAGAAUCCCGGGUCUCUCGCCAAGAGGCAUUGUAUGAGAAGAUGCCUCGUCUUCUGGGGUUCCUGCUCCUCAAGUUCUGCAGUAAGGAGACGGCCACUAAGGAAGAAAUGAUGAGAACCGUCCUAAGUAAUGAUGAGGAGCACUUCCAUCUCAUCUUCAGCCAGGUCUGUGAGUGCUUGCAGCUGGUUUUUGGUGUUGAUGUGAAGGAAUUAGAUCCUGAGGUCCCGAGCUAUGCCAUGAUUACCAGUCUGGGCCUCACUUAUGAUGGGAUGGUGAGCCCAGAUCAACCAAUCCCCAAUACUGGCCUGCUGAUCAUAGUCUUGGGAGUCAUCGUGCUGGCAGAUGGUUGUGCCUCCGAGGAUGACAUGUGGGGGGCAUUGAGAUUGGUGGGAGUAUAUCCUGGGAGGGAGCAUUUCAUCUAUGGGGAACCCAGGGGGCUCCUCACUAACGUGUGGGUGCAGCAGCAGUAUCUGGAGUACCGGCAGGUGCCUGGAAGUGACCCUGCUGUUUACCAAUACCUCUGGGGCCCCAGGGCCCGCGCUGAAACCAAAAGGGAGAAGAUCCUGGAGGUUUUGCUUAUUCUCUACAAUUGUGAGCGCAGGCCAUUCCUCACGCUACCUAAUAUAUCACAAAUUGGAAGAGGAGGAGGUGGCCUGAGCCAUUGA